GUGCUGGACUGAGGCGGGUCGACUGCUUCGACCUCGUGGACAGCGAGAGCAACGUGUUCGAGGGGGAGUUCCACGGCGAAACGCUCAUGGACUGGUGCAAGGGCGCCGCCGUCGACCCCAAGGCGAGCGAGGUUCAGCGUGCUCGGUGGCGUCGAGUGUCCCAGAUUCUCGUGGGCGGCAUGCUGAAGGUGAAGCGCGUGGAAGUGUCGAGCCUCGUGGGUGUGGGCCUUCAGGGGGAGCAGUCAAGCAGCGGGUGCGUGGGCCUCGAUGGUGCGUCCGACCAGAACGACAAGCAGGAGGUGCAGCAGGUGGUAUUGUCGAGCAGCGCGAGCGUGGGCCUCGACGUAGCCUCCGACACGCACGGCAAGCAGGAAGUGCAGCAGGAGGAGCAGUCGAGCAGCUGGUGCGAGGGCCUCGACGGUGCCUUCGACAAGUACGGCACGCAGGUAGAGCAGGUGGAGCAGUCGAGCAGCUUCGUAGGAUGGCCGCGGCGAGUGCUGCAGGGCACUAGUGAGGCCCGCGGCGCGGGCUCGUCGGGCGACCUCUACGGCGCGAAGCAGAUCGAGGCCAUGAGGCUGGAGAUGCUGAACGGCACUCUCGCGAAGCCCGGCCUCAACAACGUGGGCACCUCCAAGGGCGCGGUCCUCAGCACGGCGCUCAAGGACCGGUGCGAGGUCCUGGAG